AUGGUGUCACGGUUUCUAGAUUACUCGGAGGGCGGGCCGAACGACCCGCGCACCACGUUCAACGAUUUACGGAAAUGGUUGACAGCGGUCAAAGAGGAGCUGUCACCAUGGGGUUGGCAAGCCUACGACGCGGAGUUCCGAGAGCGCAUGCAGGCUGAAAAGAAGCUGUACGCCAUGAACGGUCUCCCUGAUAGUGGUGCGGAGCCGCAGGACGGCGUGAUCCAGGGAACCCCGUUGUGGCAAGAAAGGCUUGACCAGAUGCUGUUGGUGGAGCAUUUGAAAAGGAAGGUAAUGGUUGCUCAUACGGCUUUCACUGAAGCCACUGACCUCUUAUUGAAGUCGCACGCAUGGUUGGUGAAGGACUCGUUACUGGCAGACAAGUUUGCAGAAUGCAUCUCGCGGGUGCCACCCAGUCAACAUGACAGAAUCGACCUGCUUCAAGUUGCACUGCGACAAUCGCGGGAGGAGACGAAGGCUGCCAAAGCUGAGUUCCAUGAGUACAAGGUCCGGCAGCAAAUCAAGCGCCAGGAAUACCUGGUGCGCACAAUCAACAACCAGUCGCACGCGAUCAGGCGGAAGAUGAAGGAUGAUGUGCUCGUCUCUUGGAGAUAUCAGUGCGAGCGAGCCCGAGCAGUCGAACUCGAAGGCCGCAACCAUGUUUUGGUCACCCGCGUCAAUGACCUGGAGGCUAAAAUGGUGGCCACCCAGGAAGAUCUGGAGGAAGCUGCCCGCCAGUGGGAAGAGCAGCGAACUGCUCUUGAAGCUGACCGAGAUGAGUACAAGCGUCUGUACGAAAAGUUCCUUGCGGCUCAUGAGCGCGCCAUGGCGGAGCUGGAGGAGUCGCAGGGCACGGCUGAGGAUCAGGCCAAGAAGUUGCAGGUCUUGACUCUGGAGAAGCAUCGGCUGACUGACAAAGUGGAGGAGCUCGAAGAUGACAAGCGCCGCAUGUCUAAGCAGCUCGCAGAGCUCCGAGACGAGGUGGCCAAACUGAAAUCAGAGCUCCGAAGGCUGGGUGCUCAGCUGCGUGAGGGCGAGGUGGCCCUGCUCCUGGCCCGUGCGGAUGCGCAAGAGCUACGAGCCGAUGCACGUGGCCUGCAGGAUGUGGUUCCCCUGGAAAGCGACGGCCCAGCAAGGCCAUCACAGCGGCGCCUGCUGCAGGAGAGUGGACGGCGAGAGGCUGAGUUGCUGGAUCGGCUGCUUGCCGCAGAGACCAUGGCUGAUGCGCGACAGAAACGUCUGCUCGAACUGGAGGGUCCUGGUAAUGAGCCAGAUGCCGAGGAGGAGCCAGGCAUGGCACCAGCUUCUGAAAUAGGUGUCCUCCCCGCGGAAAGGCGCCUACGCAGACACCUUGAGAAAGAGCGUGAUGAACUUCUGACCUUUGCCAAAGAUUUGGACAUGGAACUCGUGAAGGUCAAAGAGGAGUGCUAUCACAAGGUCCGGGACAUUCGGCAGAAGUGCGCCCAGGAGCUUGAGGACUUCAAGAUCAAUGAGCUUGCAAAAGCCAAGGCUGACUUCCAGGCGCAGGUUGAUGAAGUGACGCGUCAGCGGGACAUGCUGCAGAAGGAGGUGGAGUUGGGCGAGUCCGUGGCUCCGCACUUGCCCACACUCAACCCGCUGGUGUCGCAGGACCCAUCCAAAAUUUGCGGCGUAUGCCGACGGACAAUAGUUUUCGAAGGUGCGCUGAAGGUGUAUCCGCAGAAAAAGUAA